GGCAUGUAUGUGUGUACUCGAAGCAUGUACCUCGAGAUCCGCGAGAGCAGAUCCGCGAGGUCCCAGGUCCAAGAUGGAUUGGCUGGGGCUGACUGGACAGUUGCGAGGCUUGGGUAUCAAUGCCGCGGCGCUGGGCCGCACCCACUUUUUGCAGUUGUUGUUGGCGCGGCGAAUGAAUGCUGUCUGUCCUCGGGCAGGUCGACCAUCAGCAGGACACGCUCCUUGCCAGGCAGCUGCCGCCGUAAGAGAUGGGUGAGGCCAUCGCCAGAUGGAGGGUUGUUGCCUGUCCACUUGUUGGAUUUGCCAGUCGUCUCUCGUCGCGGACAAGCCAUGUUUGCCGGCGAGGACGGGGCGAACGGGAGCGGACUGGAUCGUGACGG